GGAUUGUUUAUUUUACUGUUUCAGAAAUGUUCCGAUUACAGAGCUUCAAACAUACCAACUUUUGCAAGAACAGAGCCACCAGACAGACAGGCGUCUAAAUCAGUAAUAGCACUUCUCCUGCACUACGGGUGGACUAAAUUUUCAAUUAUCACCGAAAAGGACUGGUCGCUUGUUGCUGACCAAUUGGUGACCCAGGCUGUUAAUAAUAAUUUAACAAUAAAUCACUUCAAAAUUGUUGAGGACCGACACAAAUGUUGCGAGGAUAAACUUGUUUGCUGUCAGAAUGUCUGGUUUCAAUUGAUUCAAGAAACUAAAAAUAUGACGAGAAUUUAUGUCUUUAUGGGCCCGUCACCUUCACUUAUAGAAUUAAUGUACGCGAUGCAGAAUCAAAGAUUGUUAGACAAUGGCGAGUAUAUGGUGAUCUAUAUUGACAUGAUGACGUAUUCGCAGAAAGAAGCUAGCAAGUACUUAUGGAGACCAAGUGAAUUGAAUACGCUAAAGAAUUGUCUGGAUAUAAAUCAUUUUUUGAAACGAGCCCGUUCUUUACUGGUGGUAGCAUUAACGCCACCACUUCAAAGUUAUGAAAAUUUUACAGAAAAAGUUCAAGAGUAUACAAGAAAAGAGCCGUUCAAAUUUACGGUACCCGAAUUAUUUAACUAUUCAAAUUUUGAAAAAUAUGUAUCUAUUUAUGCGGCGUAUUUGUAUGAUUCUGUAAAACUAUACGCAACAGCACUUGACCAAUUAUUACGGGAACAACCAGAGCGUGAGAUCGACGAAAUAGUUAGUAAUGGUACGCUAAUUAUUCAAACAAUAAUUAGACGGCACACGUAUCAAAGUGUCAGUGGACAGACAAUAAAACUUGACUAUCAAGGUGAUUCGGAAGGAAACUUUUCAGUUCUUGCACUAAAAAAAGAACACUUUCAUUUCAUAGAUGCUUUGAAUUCAUUACCUGUCAAUUUUACGUGUGACUAUCAAAUGAAACCAGUGGGACUAUUUCAGCAGGGUGAAGCUCUAGUGUACAGACCAUCAGAAUCGAUGGAAUGGCCUGGAAAAAAUAAACCAGAAGCUGAACCCGGUUGUGGUUUUCUCAAUGAACACUGUCCUAAAGAUGAUACUCAUGGUCACAGUAUUAUCGCAGCAGCAAUACUUGCUAUUAUUUUGUUCUGCGUUGCUGUUAUAACAAUGAGUAUCUACAGAAGAUGGAAAAUAGAACAGGAAAUAGAGGGUCUUUUAUGGAAAAUAGAUCCUAGUGAUAUACAUGGUUAUCCCCACCAUGAUAAUCUUAUGUCUUCACCUAUCUUUUUGUUCUUCAAUAUUCCAUCAAUAUUAAGUUUAGUUAGCGCGAUGUCUUAUGAAUCAAAAUGUGGUGGUCAAGUAUUUGCACAAACAGGGCAUUAUCAUGGAGUUAUUGUGCGAAUAAAAGAACUUAAAUUUACCAAGAAAAAAGAUAUAUCACGUGACGUGAUGAAAGAAAUGCGUGUUUUGCGUGAAAUAAGACACGGUAAUCUUAAUUCAUUUAUCGGUGCUUGUGUUGAGCCGACAAGAAUAUUAUUAAUUACCGAUUAUUGUGCCAAAGGAAGUCUUUACGAUAUAAUUGAGAAUGAAGAUAUUAAGUUAGAUGAUAUGUUCAUUGCAUCACUAGUUCAUGAUCUCAUUAAGGGUAUGUUGUAUAUUCACGAAUCGUCCGUGCUAGUCUGUCAUGGUAAUUUAAAGUCUUCAAAUUGUGUUGUAACUUCUCGAUGGGUACUUCAAGUUUCUGAUUUUGGUCUUCAUGAUAUGCGACAUUGUGCUGAAUCUGAAAGUAUUGGAGAACAUCAGUACAAUCGAAAUUUAUUUUGGAAAGCACCAGAAUUAUUAAGAGACCCCAAUGCACCUAUUAGAGGUACUCAAGAAGGUGAUAUUUAUUCUUUUGCCAUAAUACUUUUUGAGAUAGUCGGUAGAAAAGGACCAUUCGGUGGAGUUAGUUUGGAACCCAAAGAAAUAAUAGACAGAGUAAAAAAAUAUCCAGAAGAUGAUGAGCAUCCAUUUAGACCCAACAUUGAAAUUCUUUCCGAGUCUGACGCGGAUUGUCCUGACUAUGUCGUGAACACGAUAACAGACUGCUGGGCCGAGUGUCCUGAAUUAAGACCGGAUUUCAAGACAAUUAGAACGCGCUUAAAGAAAAUGAAAGCAGGUAGACAUCGUAAUAUUAUGGACCAGAUGAUGGAUAUGAUGGAGACGUAUGCCAACAACCUCGAGGAUCUAGUCAGUGAGCGUACGCGCCUUCUCUUCGAGGAGAAACAAAAAACUGAGGAUUUACUUCACAGGAUGUUACCUAAACCUGUUGCAAAUUGUUUGACUAAUGGAAUCGGUGUUGAACCAGAAGCUUUUGAUUCAGUGACGAUCUAUUUCAGUGAUAUCGUUGGAUUUACUUCUAUGUCUGCUGAAAGUACUCCUUUCCAGGUUGUCAAUUUUCUUAAUGAUCUUUAUACUUUAUUCGAUCGUAUAAUUAAAGGCUACGACGUUUAUAAAGUCGAAACUAUCGGUGAUGCGUACAUGGUGGUAUCGGGGUUACCGAUAAAAAAUUCUAAUUGGCAUGCAGGAGAAAUAGCUUCAAUGUCAUUAGAGCUUCUUAACGUAGUUAAACAGCACUCGAUUGCUCAUCGGCCGAAUGAUACGUUAAAAUUACGAAUAGGAAUUCAUACGGGUCCAGUAGUAGCAGGAGUUGUAGGAUUGACAAUGCCACGUUACUGUCUUUUUGGAGACACAGUAAACACAGCCUCACGUUUGGAGUCAACCGGUGAACCUCUAAAAAUCCACAUAAGUGCCCAAUGCAAAGACGUUCUAGAUAAAAUUGGAGGAUAUAUUAUCGAAGAACGCGGAUUUGUGCACAUGAAAGGAAAAGGUGACGUGAAAACUUACUGUCCAAAAUUAAAUUCAGACUCACGACAGCCUUCACUACUCGCAGGACUGGGUGCUGGUAGCAGAAGACAAUCCACCGUUCCGCGACCCACUGAAGACUCAGUAUCACAAUGUGGAAACUCGAGUCCAGUUCCACGUGCUCUUCGCCUGGGAAACCUAGACCGCUCAGUUUUCCUGGACAACAUUUCCAGAAGCACUUUAGUAAACACGACCGUAAAAGAAGAAUCAGACAUCCGUAAGGCAAAUGUAAAAGAAGCCAUCGCAAACUUCUUUUCAGAUCCUAAGGAAAAAACUCCACGAGUACUGUCUACGAUAGCUUCUUCGUCGACAACCAGCGAUUAUCCAACUCAGCUUCUUCGUGAAACACGAUCGCUAGACCUGUUUCCUGUAGUGUUAACUGGGAGCGAAUCGUUUCGUCUCAGUAGCAAGGAUCUAAGGCACAUAUACAAGUCUUUUGAAAGUUGUGAUAGGUGUGGUGGUGGUAUGCGAGAUAGCAUCAUUGAUAAGGUUAUUAAUAAUAACUAUCCUAAUGGCGAUUUGUUAACGGUGACACGUAACGAUCAUCAUCAUCAUCAUCAUCAUCAUCACUCGUCAAAUGAAGAAGUAGAUUCUCCAUUACUCGGCGAUGACACUAUUUGCACAGGGGAAAUAGCUAUUGCUAACAAACCCUGGAGGUCCCUUGAUCAAGUUACUCAAGCGUCAACCAACGACAAUGUCACGGAUAAAAAAACUUCCACUAGAAAUUCAAUAAGGAGUUGGCUUGUUAAUUUAUUCAAUGGUAAUGGACUUAGAAAUAGUGACGUUUCAUUAAGACGCGGAGUUAUCGCUGGUUAUGACAUACAAUCUGAACGUGAGAGUAUCGUGUAA